AUUUCAAAAGGGCCCUCUUUUAAGCCCAUAAUAGUUGAGCCCAAUCCUGAAUGGGUUCGUCUCCUUUCGUGUUCUCAUUUUGGGGGAAGCCCUAAAUUUGGCUUUAAUCUAAGAGUCCACAUCGAAACCUGAUGAUACAUCCACAUGGAAACACAGGACCUUCCCCAAGAUCCUUCUGAUAACCCUAACGAUGUCGUCUCGGACGAAUCAUCGCCGGAAACUGAUCUCACGCUCUCUCCAGUCCCUCCUGAAAGCCACCCUCAGGAUUCCCAACUCUCACCGGACAACCACUCGCCCGGCAACCCCUCCCCACCUCCCCAAAAUGAACCUCCCGUUUCGGACUCUCUCGAAGAUUCCUCCGAACCAAUCCCCGAAGACCCUCUUGAUGAGAGGUCCCGAAACCCCAUUAACCCUGCCGAACCAGGCCCAACGGAGCAAGGUCCUCCGACCAAGAAACGGCGCCGUAGAAAGAAGUUCUUCACGGAGCUGAACGGUACUCCAUCAGUGGCCAAGAAUCGCCGCGCAGACCUCGCCAAAGAGGUCGACAUCGAAGCUUUAAUCGCCAUUUCAGUAGGCUUCCCUGUAGACUCGCUCACAGAGGAGGAGAUCGAAGCCAACGUUGUUCCCACCAUCGGCGGCGCCGAGCAAGCCAACUACAUCGUCGUUCGAAACCACAUUCUUGCUCGCUGGAGGUCCAAUGUGUCGGUUUGGUUGACACGCAACCACGCGCUAGAGUCGAUUCGGUCCGAGCACAAAGGCCUAGUAGACGCAGCUUACAACUUCCUUCUGGAACAUGGCUACAUCAACUUUGGGCUGGCGCCGGCGGUUAAAGAAGCAAAAUUGAAGUCCUUUGAUGGGGUUAUGAGGGGCAAUGUGGUUAUUGUUGGGGCUGGUUUGGCCGGUUUAGUAGCGGCGAGGCAACUGGUGUUUUUGGGGUUCAAAGUCGUGGUCUUGGAAGGUAGAGCUAGGCCAGGAGGGCGCGUGAAGACUAAAAAGAUGAAGGGCGAUGGCGCCGAGGCCGCAGCGGAUCUCGGUGGUAGUGUUCUCACGGGAAUAAAUGGUAAUCCACUGGGUGUUCUUGCUAGGCAACUGGGGUUACCUCUGCAUAAGGUGAGGGAUAUAUGCCCACUUUAUCUGCCGGAUGGGAAAGCAGUGAACUCCGAGAUUGAUUCUAAGGUAGAGGUUUCUUUUAACAAGUUGUUGGAUAGAGUCUGUAAGCUUAGGCACACAAUGAUAGAGGAAGUUAAGUCCGUUGAUGUUUCACUGGGGACUGCCCUGGAAGCUUUUCGGCGCGUUUAUAAUGUUGCCGAAGACGCACAAGAACAAAUGCUUUUAAAUUGGCAUCUUGCUAAUUUGGAGUAUGCAAAUGCUACUUUGAUGUCGAAUUUGUCGAUGGCGUAUUGGGAUCAGGAUGAUCCUUAUGAGAUGGGGGGCGAUCAUUGCUUUAUUCCCGGAGGCAAUGAGACCUUUUUAAGGGCUCUUGCGGAGGACCUCCCUAUUUUCUACGAAAGGACUGUGGAAAGUAUUCGGUAUGGAAGCGAUGGGGUAUUGGUUUAUGCUGGUGGGCAGGAGUUUCGGGGGGACAUGGUUUUGUGCACGGUGCCAUUAGGUGUGCUGAAGAAGGGGUCAAUUGAAUUUGUGCCUGAUCUCCCACAGAGAAAGAAAGAUGCUAUACAAAGACUAGGAUUUGGGUUGCUCAACAAGGUUGCUAUAUUGUUUCCUUAUAAUUUUUGGGGUGGAGAUAUUGACACUUUUGGGCAUUUGACUGAAGAUCCUAGUAUGAGAGGGGAGUUCUUUCUUUUUUAUAGCUAUUCUUCUGUAUCAGGAGGCUCUCUCCUGGUUGCUCUUGUGGCAGGAGAGGCUGCUAUUAGGUUCGAGCUGAUGUCUCCAGUGGAGUCUGUGAGAAGGGUGUUGGACAUAUUAAGAGGGAUUUUCAAUCCCAAAGGAAUAGCUGUUCCUGAUCCUAUUCAGGCUGUCUGCACUCGCUGGGGAAAGGAUAACUUUGCCUACGGCUCUUACUCGUAUGUUGCAAUAGGGUCUUCGGGAGAUGAUUAUGAUAUACUUGCAGAGAGUAUUGGGGAUGGGAGAGUGUUCUUUGCUGGAGAAGCAACUAACAAACAGUAUCCAGCAACAAUGCAUGGAGCUUUCCUCAGCGGGAUGAGAGAGGCUGCAAACAUGUUGAGAGUAGCCAAGAGGAGGUCAUUAGUUUUGGUUGAUAAACUGAAUGAUGUUGUUAGUGAGGAAGGUGAUGAUUUGGACAAAUUAUUUGAUACCCCUGACCUUAAAUUUGGUAGCUUCUCUGUUUUAUUUAACCCUACUACUAGUGAUGUUGAUUCUCAUUCAUUAUUGAGGGUGAACUUUGGAGGGGAAAAGCUGGACUAUGGUAGUCUCUCUCUCUAUGGCUUGAUUCCAAGGAAGCAGGCUACAGAGCUGAGUAAGGUUGAUGGAGAUGAGAACAGGAUUAGUAUGUUAAAUAAGGAUUUUGGAGUGAGGCUGGUUGGAAUAAAUGGUUUAUACAGUGCUGGCGAAUCUCUUAUUACCCUCAUAAAGUCAGCUAGAUCCCACCUAAGUGAGGAAGCGUGAUGCUGCAUGGUUCUCUUAAUAACAGUACCUUUAGCACCAGGUCCAGUCAUUCAUUUUGAAUCCCGUGGCCCGUAGAAGCCGAAGGAGAUCCUAGUGGACUGUACCAAAUGAUACAGAAGUGAAUCUACAUAACUAGAGUUAGCGGAUUCGCUUACCGUUAUCCAUCGUUGUAGCUGUGGAAUUUAUGGACUAAACAGGACUCGCAACUGGAAAGCAAAAGAAAACAGAAUAUCAUGUUGACCCAAAACGAUAACAAAAAUAUAAAGGCAUAUCAUAAAAACGGAAAAAAAAUGGAUCUGCCGGGCAGCAUAUUAACUCGACCAUAUCAUGUGUACAGCAAAAUAAAAAGGGUUUUAAGUUUUAGAUUAAAUUCUCCGCGGGCUAUUCCAAUCGGAAUUGUAUUAGUAUUUUUUGUUUUUUUGUUUUUGGGUAUAUAGGAAUCGUAUUAGUUAUUUUUCCUUUUUUUGGUACAAUAAUUGUAUUGGUUGUUGUUGACAAUAAGCACAAGGACAUUUUUGUAUUUCAGACUGAUCAUUCAUAAUUUUG